AAUACCCGCGUACCUGUAACUCGUUAUCGGCGUUAACGCGGCCACCGCUUCACGUUGGCUGGCACCCAGAGGUCGGUUCGCCAGCGAGCGAAUCGAAGCGUUCCCGACGUCGUCGCGCGAGUUGAGUCGAGCCCGAGUCUCGUCGCGUUCGCGAUUACCUCGAAUCCAUUCUCUCUGUUCGUUAUUCCACAGCCGUGUCUUGCUCUUUCUCGCCUUCUAUCCCCCACCUUCUGUUUCACUCGCUCUACGUGCAUUACGCGAACGACUCGCAGUCAGUCGGCACAGAGUCAUCGUUGACGCCACCGAGACCCUCCUUAUCCCUUUCUUUCAUUCUUUUCCUCCAUUUCAAUCUCCCUCUUCGCUCCUCUCCGUUAAUACCUCCCGCGAUGUUCCUUGAUUUUCGCGGUCCUUUUAAUAUUCCUUCCACGUUUCACCGCCCGCAAUCAGCCCAGAGCCCUUUCGUUCGCGUUCCUGGUGAAACAUCAUCGAGAACGUACGUUGCAACGGGAGUGGUCAGUGUUCAGUGGUUGUGAUUAUUCUUCGAUGCCACGAGAAGGAUAGAGCGGCUUCGACCUUGCGCAUCCGUUUGGAGGCAAGAUCGGUGAGCUUCGCCUCGCGGGGACAGAAUGGAAGGAGAGGAUGUAGGCGAUGAAAAGCUUUCGAAAAAGGAAGAACCGGGGCUUCGAGUUCUCUCGGUCGACAAAGUCAUCGUGGAGAAGAUCGUGUUCGAAUCGUCGAGUGGAUCGCGGGAAGUGCUGCUGACGAAGAACGAGACCUCGAGGAAACUGUCGAUUAAGUCCGAGCUCUCGCGGUCCGAGGACGAAGGGAAGAAGAACCGCGCAUCGCUUCCGGAGGACAUACUCGCGGCGAACUCGAAGGGCGCGAUCGAGAAGAGGAUCAAACCGAUCAAACUUACCAAGGGUCCCUUGAUAGGCAGCAUCGUGGUCGACGUUCCGUCAAAGUCAGAAAUUAACGAAUCCAAUUCGAAGAAAGCUGAAGAGAAAGCAAAGGAUGAAGAUAAUCAGGAGGACCGAAGGGAGAACAAGGGAACCGAGGCGAAAGAUCGUUUAGAAAAGAGUCGUUCGAACAUCAAAGUGCUGCAGGAAAAUUUAACAACUAAGAUCGACGCCAACACCGUCGAAAGAUACAGGAGGGAGUUGCAGGAGCUGCGCGGGAACUGCGCCCUCAAGUUGCUCGAUUCGAACGCGAACGAGAAGUUCCCGGAGGUCGCGUUCGACGAGGAGUUCCUGCAGAAGCACAACCUCGACAGGAGGUUGAAGAUCGAGGAGGAUAGAUCGCCGGAGGGUGAGAUCGAGCAGGAAUCGGACGAGUUGCUGACGAAGGACACCGCGACAGCGAAGCCGAGCUACAGCAAGAAGGUCUCCGAGGUGGAGAAAAGGUGGUCCGGAGAGUUCCUGGAGAAGAGACUGACGCGUCGAUCCUCGGAAUCCUCAAAGUCCUCUUACGUGGAGGAAUUCGGCAGCGUAUCCUCCGAGGAGAGCGUCGCGGGAGAUCGCGACUCGCCGCGAUUCGAGCGAGAGAAGAGGAAGACCGAGGUGGAAGAGAGCGGACGAGAGUCAUUCGGGAGGCAAACUUCGGAGGAGGUCCUCGCGGACAGUACCGUGAGCACUCUAGAUUCCGACUCGUGUCUGGAGGAUCGGAUCAAGGCAUUAGAGGAGGAGGAAAGUGUAGAUCGGAAGAAUGACGAAGGAGAGGAUCUCGACGCGGUGCGUCGUCGACGUCGCUCGAAGCUGUUAGCAUACGAGCGUGCCGAUCGUUGGAACGAGUCUCUGAAACGCGCGAAGGUUUCGAGCGGUUGCUCGACGGACUCGAUCGACUCGACGCGUUCGAGGAAGGACGGCUACGCGAGUCUCGUGAGGGAAUUGGCCAUGGAGGCGGCGGCGGGCACUUCUCGAGUGAAGAAGGAAGAGAAGCAAAAGAGGAAGCUGGGGCUUCGGAGAUUGCUGCCGGGUUUCUUCUCGCCGAAGGAUUCUCGGAAGGAUUACAAGAAGAAGAAGGAGUCGAAGGAGAGGAGGAGGCACGAGGAUAGGCACUUCGCUCGUUACCAGCAGAACGGAAAUUACACCAGAUCGCCGGACACGAUGAAUCUGAACGAGGACAUCAAGAGGAACGUGAAGCUGGACAACAGUCUGAACGGAUCGAUCAUCGAGGAGAGGCUGGACGAGAUAAAACGAGAAUUGUUCCCGGAUCAGUGCCCGAUAACCAGCACUCCGGACCACCUGGCGCGGGACGAGGAGCAGAGUCUGUUGCGCGACCGAAGCGGAGCCGCCAGGGCAUACGGCAUCGACUCCAGCCUGAGCUCCAUUGCGCCGGACGACAGGUGGAACGAGAGGAGCGGGCACCUUGGGAUAUCCCCGGACAUCCGGAAGUUCGAGCAGAGGCAGAAGCGCGAGGAGUUCGACCAGAGGUACGGGGGGCAGCAAUUGGAGCGAAAGCAUAGCCUGCAGGAAUCGAAUCCACCGAACCGUCUGUGUUUCUUUCAAAGAAAUCAUGGCCCCUCGGGAAGAAUCUCGGCGCCGCCCAGCGAGAGGUACCUCGUCCGACCCAGGGCGAUCCAUCCGAUCGACAGACCUCUGCCGGCGAUCCCUCGAUCCCGAGUCGACUCGUCCAAUUAUGAAAACUAUCCGGAGGAAGAUAAUCAACCGCGGCCGAUCGGUUAUGAACGGAGUGGGGCAUACACAGCGGACAAGGCGGAAUAUCCUAACAAAUCAACGCUGUAUGAGAACGAAGGUUCGCCUGGUGGAUUGAUUCUGAAAUCGGUCUCGGCACAGGUGAAGAUCACGCGGCAGCCGAUAGGGAAUCAGAACCAGAAGAGAGCGCCCUUGGUCGGUCGAUCCCCGAAGUAUCUUUCUUCAGGUUCCAGUCAGAAAUCCGGGGACUACGGAGAUUCCAGUUGCACGCCGAACUCCAGUCAAAAAAGCGAGUUCUCGCCGACCAGUUCGAAGAGCGGGGAGUAUUAUUUAAAUUCUCCGCGGAACAGCGGCUCUCCUAACGAUAGGGACUUCGACGAGGAGAACCCGUCCAGCAGGGAAGGCAUCUACGAGAACGAGAAUGAGAAUUCACCAUCGAGAUCGUCCACCCGGUGCGCGGAUGAGAGGAUCUACGACGAAACGCCAUCCUCGCCGUCUAAACUACCUGUCCGUUCUCCAAUGGAGGAUUCUUUGGAUAAGACGGACUCUUCUCCGGGUCGAGGAUGUUCCAAGGGCGGACGACCAACGUCGCCCAGAACGAACGCGGACAAACAGAGCAUCGAUGGAGAAACUGGCAAAACAGGAGCGCGGACCGUGCCUUCCAGGAGGUCCCAGCCCAACGAGCAGAUCCUGAUCGCCUCGCCGAAGAGGGAAAUCGCGUACGAGUGUCGGAUACCUCGGCCUUUGAACGAGUCCAGACUCUGCGCCGUCGAAUCUCCCGUGCGGAUGAUGAAUUCGCCUCACAGACUCACCGGAGUGACCCCGUUGGAGCCGCGUAAUCAAGAUCCAAGCGGGAACCGGGAACUUCCAGCCACGAAGAUGAUCGACUAUCCAGGAGGAGGAGGAGGACUCGCGGAGAUAGCCAGGCCGGAGCCCGUUUACGGACAUCAUCGAAAUCAACCAGUAGCAGGUCAGAAUGAUGGAUCGCAAGCGGAGGAUGAGCGGAGAAAGGACUGCGACGACAGAGUGGCUUGGGUUCAGGGAAGAGCAACUUCUCCGGCGACGAGCCCUAAACGAAACGAAGCAACAACUGGAGAGAGAAACGAAUCCCCGGUUACGGAAAACCAUCGACAGGGUCAAAAUCAACCGCCCUCUCGUUCGCCCCGGUCCGUUGCCCCUUUGCUCCUGCAAGAAGCGCAACGCCCCCGCAUUGCGGGUCGGGAGAAAUUGUACGGAACCGCGGGCCCGGGACGCGUAGACCCACCGAGGGUCCUCCAACCACAAGCGCAACAACGACAACCGCGAUCGCCCACACCGCGAAGUCUAACGGAACCUUUGUACCUUCGUCAAAUCCCCGAGGCGACUUACGGGCAACGGGAGAACGCGGCCGUCGGGCCGCUGUCGCCGUCGAAGCAGGAGACUCGACAACACUUGGAGGCGUUCUACUGGCAGCAGAAGACGCUGGAGGCGAGCAGGAAGACCGUCGCGCCUCCGAGCGCGAACGCGAACCCGAGACAGAUUGGAAGGAAAAUUGAUUUACCGGAGGUCAGGGAGGCGGUGUAUUGGCAGCAACUCAAGAAGCUGGACGAGGAGCAACAGAGGCGCAUCUACGAGCAGAAUUUGAUGGAGGAGUCUUCCUGUUGCAAGGCGGGACCGAAGGCUCCCUCUGCGAGGUCCGUGUCUCAGCGGCAAAUAUCGGUUCCAAGUCCCGCUGGAGCUACGAAUCUUCCGUUGACGAUCGGAUACGGGGAGCCAGGUCCGUGGACGGGUAAUGUCUGUCGUUCGAAAGGGAAUCCGAGCGGAAAGCCGCCGUUAAUGCAGAGUCAAAAGGGUCCGAAUCAACCGGUGUUGAUCGUGAGACCGCAACAGGCGAUUCGCGAACGUCGAGAAGCAGCGAUGCCCUCUAAGCCCGUCGAUUCCUCUCGCAGACCGGAAACGCAGAGGUCGAAAAGCGCUUCCCCGCAUUUCCACCGCGGCGACGCCCCUCAGAUCGUGCCACGGAAACUCGACGCCCCGUCAAUUUACGAGGAGGAAGUAGCAGCGGUGAACGACGUCGAAGGGAAAAGCGCGCCUCCUCCGAUAUUCAAAAGAGGCAGCCUGAUCGGCGGAGAGUCGGCAGAGUACGGCACCGGAGGUGGCGCUAAGAGGGUCAGCUUUUCGAAUCAGUCGACCACCGUCGGACGAGACUUGCCCAGCGGAAGUUGGCCGACAAAACAUGGCACAGCUCCGGAACCACCGACUCGAAGACAUCGAAGCGAGGACAGCGUUUCCGACACGGACUCGGUGUUUCUUCACCAAGAACGUCGCGACGCUGCGGCUGGCCCCUGUCCCGACGUGGAAUACGAUGCUGACAGGCCUCUACCUCCUCUGCCCAACGACGUGGUUCCUGCGAAUCCGAGCGGAAGUGGCAGUAUGCCAAGGAGCAACGCGUACGGGGAAGUUCGAUGGAACCCCCCACGACCGGAUCCGCGACGAACCAUCAGCCCCCACCGGAUGCUUCGCCCAAAGGAGGAAGAGUGGAAUUCGGAUGGCAAGGGCCGACAGUCCAACGACAUCGGUGGGUCCGGCAGGGGGGAGGGUGAGGCAGGCUCGAACGAAAUUCCAGGUGGUAGAAGAGGAGGUGGCGGCGGCGGUGGUAUCGGAGUCGGGGGAGGAGGAAGCGUGUUGGGUGUCGGAGGCGGAGGAAGCGGCGGAGGCGGCCCGGGGGGCAGAAGCGGGUCGGUGGGUGGCGGUCGGUCAAGGGACGAGCCGAGGAGGCACACCCUCAGUGGCGAUCACCAACCGUCCCUACAUCAUCAACAGUUCAACGCUGCCCAGCAGUUGCAUCCCCUUCAUCCCCAUCACCUGCCGCCGCCACACGGACAGUACGGUACGCCGCCUACGCGUCACACCACCAUGGAUCUCGAGAUGGGGACCAAGUCUCGCCAGAGAAAGUCGCCUCUUCCGCGCGGGUACCCGCCUCCCUCGUCCACGAUGUUGCUCGAUGAAGACCCGGGCAUCAUGUCCGAGGUGGAGACAUCGAGCACCGGAUUCCGACGGGGUGGUAAGCAAAGAAGCAGCCUCCCCGUGGUACGGAACCCCAGCAAGACACUGGAGCGACCACUAGGUAACUCACGACCCGCGAUAGAAUUAGGAGCGUCUUGUUGCUGCCUCGCCGAUCGAUGCCCUUGUCGGACAUACCUGACGAAACGAUGCGUUUCUGUGGACGAUUCCUUAGGUCUAGUGUUCCUGCAGUAUAGGAACGAGACGAAGCGGGCACUGCUACCCAACGAAAUCACUAGCAUAGACACCGUCAAGGCCCUCUUCGUCCGAAGUUUCCCGAAGCAACUGACUAUGGAGUACUUAGACAGUCCACACGUGAAGGUUUACAUACACGACAGCAACAAGGACAUGUUCUACGAACUCGAAGAUCUCAGAUCCCAUCUGAGAGACAUACGAGACCGUAGCGUGCUGAGACUAUUCGAGAGUACCGACGGCGUGACCGGGAUGUCGGGACCCCUUGGGAUACCCGGGACCGGGGCAGGACUUCCCCCGCACUGGGAGGACCAGAGCUACUUCAGCGAGCCGGAGUUCGACAGCGAGUACCAGCACCAACACAUUCACAAGAGCAAGACGGCGAAGAACUCGACUUCCGGGAGCAGCGGCUACUACGUCGGGGGGAGCAGCACCCUGCCGCGAGGAGGACCGGUGAUGAGAGCGUACAGUCCCGCGGCGUCGUCGGUGGUCGGGCCGAGUUCCACUCCAACGCAGCCUAAACCUCUGACGACUCCAGAUGGUUGGAUAGGUGGUGGCGGGGUGCCGCCGGCCAAGCCGCUUCGCAGCUACCAGUGUGGUAAGAGUCCCCUUGGAAGUCUCGGGGGCUCGGCACGCUUCUCUAGAGACAGUUCGGUCUCCCUCUAUAGUAUAGCAGAUCGAUUGCACGGCGAGAGCGGCUACAUGAGCAGUCCCGAAAGGGGGGGAGGAGUUGGCUCCGGGACCGGAAGAUACCCGCCUGGACCGUACAGCGCCGGGAGCAGCUACGAGGAUCCUUACUACUCGCAGUACUCGGGGACCGUCACGCCGGUGAUCGACGAGGAAGCCAGUGGGUGGUGCAGCGAUACGGAGCUGUUGGAGGAAUCGUACAGCCUAUACGGUGUGAAACCGCCAGGCCGUCCGCCGUCCGGUCCACCGCGAUCCCCGUUUCCUCCAGGGGCGCCACCACCUUUGCCACCCGGUGGUCAGAGCUACGACGCUACUCGGAUAAGAGUAGAACACAUGGAGAGACAGCUGGCUAACCUGACGGGACUGGUGCAGAAGGCUCUGACCCACGCGCCACACACCAGUCCAUCGCCGCGAGAUUACUUGCAGGUUCCCGCGGGACGCGACCCAUACGCGAGAGGACCAGGCGCCGGGGACGAGUUCGACAAACACUCUAGCUCCAGCUCUGCCUCAUUGCCAGUGUCUCAACCUGCCGUUACAGAUGACUCGUACUUAAGGACUGACGUAAAACCACCGAAAUUAGGCAAAGACAAGUCGGUGUCGUUCGAAAAGUCAGUGUCAUUCAGCGACGACCCGCCGGACAUGAACUCUCCUAAACAGCAUUCCCCGCAGCACGCAGCGGACACAAAACCAACGAAACCGGCGAUCAAAUCCUCCACGUUGCCGAGGAUGUCUUCGCAAGAGAGGGACAGGCAUAAGCCGACUCCGCCGCCGAAACCAGCGGCCCUGGUCGCCGGUCAAUACGUUUAUCGGGACUUGGCUCUCACGCCGGAAAUGUACAAUCAGCUGCGGGGCUUGCAGAAGAAGGCGAAGGAUCUCAGGCAGGAGGUACGAAACCUCCGGCGCAUGUCUCAGGCACAGGCGCACACCAUACGGGAGACCAUUCUGGACACGUUCAUCACGAUCAGGGCUAUGUUACUGUCAUGCGGAGACGCAGCCUGGGACGCGGAGAAGAUUCGACUGAGCCGCGAGGAAGACCUCUACAGGCAGGAAAUGCUGAGGCUGGUAAAAGAUCUGACCGAGCUGGAAAACACGGUGGAGGAAUUGCGUGGCAACGUCAUAAACAGGAAGACGAGGGUAAACAUGUCCGACGUGGAGAACAUGGCGUUGAUAAUGAGCAAAUCGAGCAAAACUGUGGCCGAUCUGAAGGUACGAUUUCCGAGUCUACAGGAGGGAAUGAAGGGUCUGCUGAGCUCGGAAAUGGAGAUGGUCGUGCGAGCGGAAAAGUUCCUGAAGGAAGAACCCGAACGACUGGAGUCCGCGUUGAAGCGUUGCAAAAAGCUCACCAGUACCCUCGUGACGCUCAAACGCUUGGCGUCGGUGCAAGAGCAGCGAUUACCAAACGCAGCGACGAGCGUAGACGCCGAGGAGACACCGCCGAUAACACCCACUUCCGCUCAACAUUCCAAGGCAACUGCCCCUGUGCCAGCGGAACGCACUGUCGUGGGGUCAGCGAGCGUCAUCGGGGGAGGGCCCCACGCUCUCGAGCCACCCGCCGCCCAUCAGCAGCGUCCGGAGAACGCACUCGACGCUCUGCUAGACGAGCUCCAGACGUUCUCGAGGCCGAGUUCGCAGCUCGGUCACGUGCAGACGUCGGUCAGAGGAGAGGCGCCAGCAGGAGCGGUCACGACGAGCGUCGGCACACCGGCACGGGCGCCGUGCAUCUCGGACAUCGGGAGAAAGGGAAGCAUCGACUCGUCGAGCGGAACGGUGAUAGCCGCCCUGGCGCCGACCGGCGCAGCUGCGAACGUCGCCGGUGGCACACUCCGCCGACUGCACUCUUAUCCUUCUAGUUCGGACACGGACACCUCGCCCCCCAUAGCGAGACUUCAGGUUUCGUUGCAGGAUCAGCAGCCGAGUCUGCCCACAUUGCCGCAGGGUUUCGUGCCGGGUCAAAAGCCGCCGGUGCCGGAGCGAAACGCGGAGCUGCUGCAGUUGGCCACAGCUAGAAGGGUCCCACCGCCUCCGCCACCGCGCACCAGCUCCAGAUCCCCGUUGGCUAGCCCCACCAGUCCCCAGCUACCGCCCAGAAAUCACUCUUGCAACUUGCAGACCGGCAACGCGACCCUGCGAAGACCUCCGGCUCGCGGUACUCUGCCGAUCAAGGAGGGCAAGCCCCCGAUGGCUCUACCGGCCGAAGCCGUCUCCGCUUUGGACGCGAGGCCGUCGCUGCUGCACAACAACGGGUCCACCGGGUCUCAGACGUUGGCGGUGCUGUCCACAAGCAACUCCAGCUCCUGCGAGAGCGUCAACUCGCAGGAGGGCCUGCAGAUCGAGAAGGAGAGACAGGAGCAGCUGGACCAGCGACACCAGGAACUGCUGCGCAAGCAGAAGGCUCUGCAGGAACAAUACGCGCGCCUUCAACAGCUACAAAGGAACACGGCCGGCCUGACCACCGUGCCACCCGCGCCCCCGGAUCUCCUGAAGAAAACCGGCUCCGAAAGCAACCUGUUGGCCAAGAUGGGUCUAGGACUCAGCGCCGCUAGUUCCGGAUCACUGACCAGCCUCGCGGGCAAACCAAUCGCCCCCAUCCCUCAGGAAGCAACGCGAGCUGAACAGCCCGGCGAGCAACGGAACACCGCGUCCGUGAACUCGUCGACGUCCAUCAGGGUCGCGACCAUCGCUACCGCAUCCACCGAGUCGAACGGCGCCGAUCAAGUUCCGAACUCGGCCGCGAUUUCCAACGGCGCUGCCUCCGCCACGACCGCCCCCGUCACCGUGACCCCGAGUACGACCACCACGACCACCAGCAAGAUCUACGAGACGGACAUUCUGUGACCGAGAUAUCGAUUCUCGAUCGACUCGACCGUCGAGCUGCUGGUCCGGCGGAUCGCCAGGCUCGCGAUCGCGAGUUAACGACUCCUCGAGGGCUAUUCUCGGGCGCUGAUUUUAUCGGGACACGGAUACACGUUUAACGGGAGGUAUUAGACUGGCUAAGCGGCUCGUGGAAACGCGGCAGCUCGCGUUUCGAUGGAAAGUAGGGUAUCACAGCGUAGAGAACUUAGCGAGUCACGCGUUAUUUAUAAUAUCGAUUAUCAUAAUUAACGAUAUAGUGUUAGAGUAAUCGUAAAGGGAAACGUAAUCUCUGUCGGAACCCAUCAGGGAGAGAGAGAGAGAUCCUUAAACAGAGGGAGAGGGGGAUCGCCCAACACCCUUCCAGGGUGUUCAACGAUCACGGGAAGAGAAACAGGUACGUCGCGUUAUGAAGUCGAAGCAUUUCAGACUUUCGGAGAUCCGAGUUCCUGUCCGAAACGCGAAGCUGUAAUCGACUCCCUUCGGACGAUGGGAGGGAAGAGGAGGAGGGUCCUCGUGUCGUCAAACUUUCGCGACGAUUGUGCCAAACGAGAUGAAAGAGUAAAGGAGAAAGAAACCGCGAUUACUUGCUACCUUCUCGCAUUUUCGACUCGGCCAAUUCCAUUUUUUACCCGCGACACCAUCGCCGAACCAUCCUGCGUACGUAUAAGUAUUUAUUGUAUCCAUUGAGAAGAAUACAUAUACAAGAGGGACGUGAGUAAAGGAGUAUCAUAAAGGAGUAUUUAAACGAAUAUAGAUAGGUAGAUAAAGAGGCGGAUGAGAGGGAGACCAGAAUGUCGCAGGUGGAUGCCGCAGACGAAUUUUUCUCCUGCAAUUUGCGGCGCGUUUCGAGUAGGUAGCUUUAAUCACGAGCUCGAGCGAAAAUGCGACAAAGGAGAGCGCGAGAAAAUCCUGAGAGAGGCAAGAUUUAAAGGAACAUUGCUCAAUAUUUACCGAUUGGAACGCGACGAGUAUACAUACGUAUGUACGGUAGACUCUCGUUAUAUUGCCGCAGAAGUGGUUGUAGAGGUAGGAAAUUUUUCAAGCUUACAAUUGGAGGGAAAUGGAAGAUAAAAAUAUAUCACUUUCGAGUGGUACUGUUAUACUUGGAAAUCUAUAUCAAAGAGAAAUCCCUCGCGGGGCAAUAUAACGAGAGCCUACUCGUAUAUCGCGAGGCGUGCGCGGCGCGCCGUUUCAAAUCCGAUUCGUUCCACUUUCCAAGCGCAAAUUGCGAAAAGAAAUCGAUUGUAAAUUAUUUAACAAAUCAACCGCUUCUUCUCGAAAAUCGACCGGCUUUUCUCUGUGUGCUUCGCGCGCUUUACGUUGGAACAGCGUCGCGAACGCCUCGACGAUGCAACCCGUGAAACAUUCAUUCCUAAUUCGAUUAGUCGAUCAAUUAAUUCGCUUGAAUCGCAUCAGCCAAGUUUCUGUCGUCGUACGGAGCGCGAGGAAAAGAAUUGUUCUGAUAAAAAGAACGUUGGAAGAAAAAGAAAUGGUAGGAAAUUAAGGGAUCCGUGCUUCCUUCGAUACCAGUGAUUUUAAUGGGUUAGGUUUCUCUGCGCAUGCGCGACUUUUCGUGACGUACCAUGAUGGCGGCGCGGACACCAGAGUUUUUGGCGGGACUGCGCUGGACAGUAACAGGUUCUUUAUCUUAUAACAUCGUAUAUACAUAUAUUCAUUAUUUAUAAUUCCAAAUUUUUAAGUAAUUUAAAUAAGAUCAAAUGCGUGGGCACUGUAGGUCCCUCGUUUCAUGCGUACACAAUGCGCAUGCGCGGAAUAACCUAUCCCGCCUAACCUCGCUGUUCGAUACUCGACAGAAAUCCAUGGUAUAUACGUACACACACAUACAUCCAUCACACGCGUCACUUAUAUAAUCUACACGCGCAUACUUUGCUUCAGGCCUAAUAGCCGAUAGAUUCGAAACCGUGCUUUUUCGAUAUUCCGUUCGUUUUCCGUUUGCCUCGUGACACAUUGGCGCCGGCGGUUUCCUUUCCUCGUCGAUCGUCGUCGAAUAGCGAAUUAGUAACAAGUUUCGUCUACUGUACGCGAUCAUCGUAAUCGUGCUCUUAUUUAUUUUCUACGUACACACCAUGAAACUCAUCUAUAUGGAAGUAAUAAUUAAUAUACAUAUAAGGAUAAGAGUAAUACGAGUAAGAUAUGGAUAAUAACGAUCGAUCACACACAGUAUUCAGUUGCGAGUGUUUAUCAAAACAGAAAGAAAUGCUACUCUAUCCCAACGAACUAGCACUUGCCGUUCGAUCGGUCUAGAUCGAACCGCUGUGUAUCGUGUUCCACCGAAUACCACGACAAACUUAGAUACUCACACUUACACGGGCAAUCUACAGCCGCAUAUCGUCGCAUUUGUACAAAGCUGCUUCUUUCUAUCCGUCUCCUGUUCGUUUCAUGCUCUUUGUUUAUCCAUAAUAGUACGCGUUUCUUUCAUCCAUUUUACCUAUCAAUGUACCUGCGUACACCUGUCUCGUUCCCUAAAAAUAACCCGCGAGAAUUCAUUCCCUGUUUUACCGUGCCACGGUAAGCAACCCUCAGACGCAGGAAGAUGCACACCUAUCGAGUUUGCGCGAUGCAAACCGGGACCCGAAUAGAUUCUGUUCUUUCCAUAACGUUAGCCGUAAAAAAAAAAUAUGUUUUAAGAAUGUUUUCUGACGAUCCUGUACGCCAAAUCGAAUUGACUUGUUACAUUUGUAAAUGUUUGUAAGUAACUAUCACGUAAUAAAAUAAUCGAUUAAUAACCAUCGAA